AUGAAGGGGAUGCAGGUUGGUCUCCUGAUUGCCUGUGAAGGUAGUGAACAGGGGGCCAUCCCACACGAGGUCUUCGACGUGGCAGUUGUGGUGCAGGAGACCAUUGUGCUUCACAAUAUUAAAGAUGUGACAGUUGGCUUUGCUAUGCUUAUGGGUGUCAUCUACUGUAUCAAUCUCAAGUAUCCAAAUGACAUGAAGUAUUCGUUCGAGUUUCUUCAGAGAGUGGUGAUGAAGAUCAGUCCAGACCAGGCCUCAGCUCGAGUACAUGGUUUGAGAAACAAAAUCCUGAGGUACAAACUAUAA